AUGAAGUGUGGGAAAUCAGAGAUGGGUGAUGUAGCUAAAGAUCUAACUGCUGGGACCGUUGGAGGAGCAGCACAGUUGAUAUGUGGGCAUCCUUUUGAUACCAUCAAGGUCAAACUCCAAAGCCAGCCUGUUCCACUUCCCGGCCAGCCUCCCAAAUACUCGGGUGCUAUUGAUGCUGUGAAACAAACAAUAGCUGCAGAAGGCCCCAGGGGUUUGUACAAAGGCAUGGGGGCCCCACUUGCCACUGUAGCAGCAUUCAAUGCAGUGCUCUUCACAGUUCGGGGUCAAAUGGAGGCCUUAUUGAGGUCUGAACCCGGUGCCCCUCUUACAGUGAAUCAGCAGGUAGUUUGCGGCGCUGGAGCUGGGGUUGCUGUGUCUUUUCUGGCCUGUCCUACUGAACUGAUAAAAUGCAGAUUGCAAGCCCAGAGUGCAUUGGCAACUACUGAUUCAGCUGCCGUUGCUGUUAAGUACGGUGGACCAAUGGACGUGGCAAGGCACGUUCUUCAAACAGGAGGUGCACGAGGUUUGUUCAAGGGGUUGGUUCCCACUCUCGCACGUGAAGUUCCUGGAAAUGCUGCUAUGUUCGGCGUAUAUGAAGCCCUUAAAAGCUAUUUUGCUGGAGGACGGGACACUUCUGAAUUGGGACGAGGUUCACUAAUGUUAGCCGGAGGAUUGGCUGGAGCUGCGUUCUGGAUGUCUGUUUACCCGACUGAUGUGGUCAAGAGUGUAAUUCAGGUUGACGAUUACAAUAAUCCUAAGUUCUCAGGUUCUAUUGAUGCAUUUAGGAAGAUCUUGGCAUCGGAAGGAGCGAAAGGUCUUUACAAGGGUUUCGGUCCUGCAAUGGCCCGAAGCAUUCCAGCAAAUGCAGCAUGCUUCUUGGCUGAAAUCGCUGCUGGGACAUUUUCCCAGCAGCGCGAAAUUGCUGCUGGUUUUCCUAGCAGUGAACCAGCAGCGAUUUGGCUGCUGCCCAGUCGCGCUGCGCCACACAGAAGCUGCGAUGAUCGUACGCGCUCAUCAACGCUGUGUGCAACUCCGCGCGGCGGUGAUUCAGGUAGAUCUUGUGGUGCUGUGAAUAUAGAAAAAAAUGUUGGCUCAAGUGUGGAUUCAUCUAGUGGCAAGAGGAAGACUUGUGGUGGCGAUGACACUAUAAGCGGUGCUACACCGCUGCGCAGUGGUGAUCUGUGUGUUUGUAACAAAAAAUGGGUAUGA